AUAUUGUACAUGUGUGUGUGUGUGUUACUACUUUGUACAGAAACAAAGAACGAAAGAAACCAACCUAGCUGGUCAGCACUGACUUCCGAUGUUUCUCGGUAGUAACCAUCCAAUACAAAAAUAAUCAAUAUUAUAAAAAAAUCACACACACACUCUCUCUCUCUCUCUAUAUCCUAAAAUUAACAAGUAAGAGAAGAAAACAAAUAAAUUAAGAAAAUUAUUAAUUUAUUAUAAUAAUAAUUUUCCUGAAGCUAAGUUUGUGGAGAUCUGUCGGAGCAACCGGAGAAGAAACAAUUGACCGGAAACCAAUUAUCCUUCUCUUUCUUUCUUUCUUUCUUUCCUUCCACCAUUCUUCUUUCUGCACAGCACAGCGCAGCGUAUGAAGAGAGAAAGCCGAUGAUAGAUAUUUAUUAUUAUUAUUAUAAUAUCUAUUAUCUAUAAAGCACCAAUAAUUGUUUGAUGGGCAAUACAUGCCGUGGAUCUUUGAAAGGAAAAUACAUCCAGGGCUUCACCCAGCCCGAGUCAGAUCAUUCUUCCAAGCGUAGCACAACUCGUUCUUCUCGUUCUUCUGACUCAGAUCACCACAACAACACCACCAAUACCAAACAAUCUCAACAACCCUUCACCUUUAAGAACGACAGCAUGCGUCGUGGCCCUGAUAAUCAGUCUUAUUAUGUCUUAGGUCAUAAGACUCCCAAUAUUCGUGAUCUCUACACUCUUGGCCGUAAACUUGGUCAAGGUCAAUUUGGCACCACUUAUUUAGCCACCGACAAUUCAACAUCCAUUGAAUAUGCUUGCAAAUCCAUUUCCAAGAGGAAACUUAUUUCCAAGGAAGAUGUUGAGGAUGUUAGGAGAGAAAUUCAGAUUAUGCACCAUUUGGCCGGUCACAAGAACAUUGUCACCAUCAAAGGUGCCUAUGAGGAUGCACUCUAUGUUCAUAUUGUCAUGGAGCUAUGUUCUGGUGGUGAAUUGUUUGAUCGCAUCAUUCAGAGAGGUCACUAUACCGAAAGGAAGGCUGCUGAGUUGACCAAAAUUAUUGUUGGUGUUGUCGAGGCCUGUCAUUCCCUUGGUGUUAUGCACAGAGAUCUCAAGCCUGAAAACUUUUUAUUGGUCAACAAAGACGAUGAUUUCUCUCUUAAAGCUAUUGACUUUGGCCUCUCCGUUUUCUUCAAACCAGGUCAAGUUUUCACCGAUGUAGUUGGCAGCCCAUACUAUGUUGCUCCUGAGGUUCUCCUCAAGCAUUAUGGCCCUGAAGCAGAUGUGUGGACGGCCGGUGUCAUACUUUAUAUAUUGCUCAGUGGUGUGCCGCCGUUUUGGGCAGAGACCCAGCAGGGUAUAUUUGAUGCGGUAUUGAAGGGACAUAUAGAUUUUGACUCAGAUCCAUGGCCUCUAAUAUCUGAUAGUGGAAAAGACCUUAUCAGAAAGAUGCUGUGUUCUCGGCCUUCAGAUCGGUUGACUGCUCAUGAAGUUUUAUGUCAUCCUUGGAUAUGUGAAAAUGGAGUUGCCCCAGACAGAGCAUUGGACCCUGCUGUUCUUUCUCGUCUCAAACAGUUUUCUGCAAUGAAUAAGCUAAAGAAGAUGGCUUUACGGGUAAUUGCUGAAAGUCUUUCCGAGGAGGAAAUUGCUGGUUUGAGAGAAAUGUUCCAGGCUAUGGAUACUGAUAACAGCGGUGCAAUCACUUUUGAUGAACUAAAAGCUGGUCUAAGAAGAUAUGGGUCUACCCUUAAGGAUACAGAAAUACGUGAUCUUAUGGAAGCGGCUGAUGUGGACAACAGUGGAACUAUAGAUUAUGGAGAGUUUAUUGCUGCAACAGUUCAUCUCAACAAACUGGAGCGUGAGGAACAUCUUGUUGCAGCAUUCCGAUAUUUUGACAAGGACGGAAGUGGUUAUAUUACAGUUGAUGAACUUCAACAAGCUUGUGCAGAACAUAACAUGACCGAUGUUUUUCUUGAAGAUAUUAUCAGGGAAGUUGAUCAAGAUAACGAUGGGAGGAUUGAUUAUGGUGAAUUUUCUGCCAUGAUGCAAAAAGGCAAUGUUGGGAUUGGUAGGAGGACUAUGCGCAACAGUCUGAAUUUGAGCAUGCGGGACGCACCAAGUGCUCAAUAGCUUUUAAUUGUGCUCAUUAUAUGCAGGUUGUAUGUAGCAAAGCCACAGAAAGAACAAAAUAAAGCCUAAAUCUUUACCGACAAUUGUUUUUAAUCCUGCUGACGGAUCCUAUCGCAUGGAGAAAACUGGGGAUUGUGGAUGCUCCUGCAGGAGCACUCAUCAAGUGUAACAUUUGUGUGUUGUAUGACUGCAAAAUUUGUUUGUGUCUGUGUAAAAACUAAUUCUUGCAGCUAUUUUGAGUUGGUCUGUUAUUUAUUUGUGCUUUCAUAUAGGAGCAUUCUGUUUAUAGUUCAUAUAAGGAUUUUGAUUAUUCAGUUUCUGAUUUUUCGCAUGUAAAGUUUCACACACUAAGACAUUAUGUAUUGGCUGAACUGAGAAGCAUAUUUGGAUUCUGUAGGGGCACAUGAAGUGUGUUAAAGUGACAAUGUAAACAUUUUAUAUCCCAGUAGUUUUGUUUUGGCAUUAAA